UUCGCUUUUUGUCCACGAAAACGACGUAGUUUUGACGGGUUUUUUGGUGGGGGGUGGGCGCGGUGAAAGCUCGGUUUGGGGUUUGGAAAAGUCUCCCCCUUUAGUAGCUCGUCAUUCCCCGGCGGUGGAGCCGCAUGGUGUUCCAUUGCUUUGCAAGGGCUUUUCCCACAGACAGACAGACAGACAGAGAGAGAGAGAAUGACGUCGUUUGGAUCUCUGAAAGCUGCAAUCUUUGAUAGAGAAGAGAAAAAACAGCAGUAUCAAGCUCACAUUCGGGGGCUCAACGCCUAUGAUCGACAUAAGAAAUUUAUUAAAGACUAUGUUGACUUCUAUGGGAAGGAGAUAUCUGCACAAGUCAAGUUGCCUAUCAAAACUGAUCAAGACACCCUAAGAGAAGGAUACAGGUUCAUUCGUUCUGAAGAAGAUGAUAUGGAUCCAUCUUGGGAGCAGAGGCUGGUGAAGCGAUACUAUGAUAAGCUUUUUAAGGAAUACUGCAUAGCUGACAUGUCACAUUACAAGAGUGGAAAGAUUGGCCUACGAUGGAGGACAGAGAAGGAAGUCAUAUCUGGUAAAGGGCAGUUCAUAUGUGGUAACAAACAUUGCAAUGAAAAAGAUGGCUUAGCAAGCUAUGAGGUAAACUUCUCUUAUUUUGAAGCUGGAGAAAACAAGCAAGCCCUUGUGAAGUUGGUAGCCUGUGAGAGGUGUGCGGAGAAGCUUAAUUACAAAAAGCGGAAAGAAAAGGAGCUAUUAGAAAAAAGGGAGAAAGAAGCGCAUAGAAGAAAGAGGGCUCGGUCGAGGAGUGAUGAUGAUACAGAUGAUGAGGGAAGCAAAGAAAGAAGGAGAAAAGGAAAGAAGAGCUCUGAGGCUUCUGAACAUGAAGUUGAUGAUGAGGAUGAUCACUUUGAUGAGUUUCUUAAGGGAAUGUUUCCUUAACGUUUAGCUGAUUUCGACAGUCGUAUAACAUGCUCAACAUACCCCCUUCCACCAACUCAAAAUCCAACAUGAAGGAAACAAGAUUGACUAUGUGAUAAUGAAAUUACUGAAUUCACCAAAUUGUGAAACUAUCCUGGUUAGGUUUGUAAUUUUGACAUCUUAGUUGGAUUUCAAGCUGUGUUGUAUAUAGAUUUUGUAUUAAACCCAAAUAAAAACAUCUGAUUUAUAUUCUUA